GAUUUAUGUGAAAAGCUUACUUGGAAAUGUCGUUAUCCAAAAAUAAUUGCGGAUCUUCUCCAUCAUUGUUCUCAGAAGAUAGUGACAAUUCCAUAGUUGAUGUGACAUACUUCCCAGUUUCUGCUAACGAUUCCAGUGAUAGUGUCUAUGGCAAUGAUGAAGAUAACCCACCACAUCCGACCGCGGUAAACAGCCUAAUUUAUGAUAACUGCUUCGAGGAAGAUUCUCCAAAUCUAGAACUAUGUACGCCAGUACCUGAACUAAACUCCUUUGAUCUACAACCAAGCACAUCAACUUCAAACAUAAACAAUUCUUCCACCAUUCUGGUUAGUCCGGCGAUGAAAGGAAAAAAAAAAGAGGAAGCAGCCAGAAAAUUGGAAGAAAAAUAUUGUAAAAAAAAGAGGAAUAGUGGUGAACACUUCAAAGCUUAA